AUGAACUUCUCCUCAUAUUUUGCUACCCCAGAUUUUCAAGCUUUUGCUCUCCACCUGCUAAUAUCAAUUGAAACCCCUAUUCACCUGUUUGCAACUUUUUGUAUUUUAUUUAAAACUCCAAUUUCUAUGAAAUCCGUGAAAUUUCAAAUGUUCAACUUACACUUUUGGAGCAUUGGACUCGAUUUGGGAAUCAGUUUGCUCACGAUUCCAUACUUUUUGUACCCCGCGCUGGCGGGAUUUCCACUGGGAGUUUUGAACUUUUUCGAGGUUCCAGUGAGAUGCCAGGCGUUUUUAUUAGGGGUGCUUAUUGGGCUCCUCGGCGUCUCCAUAGUGACAAUUUUGGAAAACCGAUAUUACUUAUUAUUUGGAGUGCGUGGACACUGGUGGCGACACUUUCGAAUUACAUUUUUAGUACUCAACUACGUAAUUGCUUGCGUGUACUUUUAUCCAGCCUAUUAUUAUGUUCCAGACCAGAAACAGGCGCUGCAGGAGGUUUUUGAGAUGCUCCCCGAGCUCCCCAAAGAGCUCCAAACCUCAAAAAUCUUCGUUCUAGCCACAGAUUUCCGGUUUAUAGUACUACCCGUCUUUUUUAUGUCGACCCUAUUAUUGCUGGAAUCCGGAAUUUUCACAUUUUUGAUCUACAAAAAUAUGAGCGCCCAAAGCAAGGAGCUCUCCCUAUCCCCACAAACUAUAAAAAUGCAAAAGCAGUUCCUACGAGCCCUGAACAUCCAAACCUGCAUCCCACUUGCCAUACUCUUGAUCCCACUGUGCUAUUUGGUGAUUUCCCGGGUUUUCCUGAUCUACAACCAAGUUGCUAACAAUUUUUGUUUUAUAACCAUCGGAGCCCACGGCCUGUUUUCCACGCUUAUCAUGCUCUAUAUACAUAUUCCGUAUCGAAAUUUCUGUGUGGAUAAGUUGUGCUCAAAGGUACCUGGCUUCAAGAGGAGAACGUCACGGGUGGUGCAGCUAUUUGGAUCACUUUGA